AGGACACAGAUAUGUACGGUGCGGCUUAUUAACUGACACCGUAGCAGCUCAAGGAUGACAACGAGUGAAGAGGAUAUAACAAGGGGCCAUGAACUUUAUCUGAGACACCUCUUACUUUUGGGAGAAGCUGUGCCAGUUGCUUUGAAGGCAGUCAUAGAAAGAGAAGUCAAUAAACGCGGGAGAAAUCUUGAUAGUCUUUUAAUAGAGAAGAAAGAAAUUUUCAACAAAUAUUACAACGUAGAAUUCCUUCAGUUGUUUCAAAACGAUGAAGUCAAUGCAAACAUUGAUUUGUGGGACACACGCAUGCUUUGUGCUGUUGCAUUGGUCCUAUUUGAGUCUGACUUAGACAGUACUAAGCUUGAAGCAAUAGCCUGCAUACAAGACCAGAUGAAAGACCUGGAUAACUAUGCCCACUCUGCUUCCCUAAACUACAAAACGUUCGAGACAAAAUGGGAUCCAUUACAUUCGGCAUUGCUUGAGCUUAUCAAAGAUAUUGAUGAUGAGGUCAGAUUCAGUUGCAAACGAAAGAUUUAUUGUUUUAAAUCAGAAUCUAUCUGUGUUAAUUUCGAUCUGAUCAACAAUAUGAAACAGACGAGCGAUAUUAGUCUGCAUGUUCAAAUGGCCAUACAAAACAAAAUUAUCGCAAAAACAGAUGGGGAAAAUGGCGGCACUGCGGCUGAAAAGAAAGACAAAAUACCACUCCACUAUGACAAUCCAGUAUUUACAGAAAUGCUUCAGGACACAUGUGUCUUUCUCGGUGAAUCAGCAAUUCUAACGUGCAAACUCAAUGUUCCUGAGAAAGCAGUCACAUGGCAACAUGAAUACAAACCAGUAGAAGAAACAGACACCGUAAUUGUAGUUAAAAGAAAAUGCGCCCACUGGCUAGCAAUUUCUCAUGCAAAGUUGGAAGAUGCAGGGCAAUAUUCUUGUACUUGUGGUAACACUUCAACAGCGGCUGUCCUGAACAUUUCAGAAAAACCAUUGAAAAUAACCGAGUGUCUGCAUGUAGCUACAGCAGAAGCAGAUGUCAGAGAGCAUAUGGAUAUUGUUUUAUCUUGUGAGGUCAACCGACACACGAAUAAAGCUGUCUGGCGACAUAAUGGCCAAGUUAUUAAACCAUAUAAUAGACGAGUUGUUUCCAUAGAUCACCUAGAGCACAGACUGACAAUCCGGAAUGCAAAGUUUGAGGAUGAGGGUGAUUACACUGUUUACUUUGGUGAUGUCACAUCAAGUAUACAAUUGACAAUUAACGGCAACCUUAGUCUUUCACACAAAAAACAACUUACAGAAGAACUGUAUAGAAAUUGGGUCAGAGGUGCACUUGGUCUGAAAUAUUUGAAAGUCGGUCUAGAGAGGUUUUGCGAUACUACUGUAAGUAAACAUCACUCUGAAAUUUUGACGCGGCUUCCGACCACUGCAAACGCCUGUACAAACUGUACAGAGGAAUCGCUCCUCCCAUCACACGCAAAGAAAAAUUGCCCAAAUAAAUCAAAGUGUCUUUGUUUGAAGAAACCGCAUAAGAGGACAACUUGUCCUAAUGGAGGCUUUUGUAGUAUACUUCACGAUCAAAUACUUGAUGACCACCGAUUCAAUGAUCCGUUACUAAAGAACACGGACAUACAAACGUGGAGCAGCGAUCCUUGGAGUGUUGCGACAUGUUAUAUCAAUACUCCUGGCUACAAAGGCAAACCUUCAGCGAAAGAUGUUGACUGUGCAGGACUGCUGAGCAUAUUCAUCAACAACACCUUCUUCCAUAAAAGUCUUGGUAACGUCAAAAUAGAUGGAAAAACAGAUUUAUUUAAACAGGCGAGGGAUGCACGUAAUGAUAUACUUCACAAUGCAAACUAUGAGCUAUCUGAAGGUCAACUCCAUGAUUGUAUAGACUUGUUCAUAAAAGCACUUGAGAUCAGAGACCAUAAUGGAAGAUGUCCAUUGUCCGGACGAGAUGUUCAAGUGGCAAUUAAAAACUUGAAUGAGUUACGGGACAAGCAGAUCGAUGUACACGUUUCUAAAGAUCUUCAAAAGGAGAUAAGAGAACUCAAAGAGCAUGCUAUGAGCGAAUUAGCGGAUAAUGUUCAAGAAGCAAUUAAACUGAGUCACAGUAAAGCACAGCAGUUAGAGGAAAAGUUAAAAAAGACUGAGGAAGACCUUCAGCUGAUGCGUGAUCUCAGGUCAACACAGAUGAAAAGUAAAGAAUCAA